GGCUGUUGUGUUCAUUUCAAAUGAAGCAUUGUUAAUACGUAGAAAACUGGCGCAUAUAUGUCCUUCAAAGGACUUUUGUAGAGCUAGUCCAUGCGGAACAGACUACAGCCGGCCCGUCGGACAAAGACCGAUCGUACGUUCUGUAGCCUUUCCCGUUUUGGCGAAUAUUAAACUCUGCUGAACUAGUCUGAUGAAUUUCUGCUGAACUUCGGCGCCGCUUAAUUGCUCUCUGAAUCUUUAGUCAUGGCUAGGAGCGGGAGCGUCUCGAGCGGCCCUGACGCUGGCUGGGCAUGGGCGGUCCUAGGGGCGUGUCACCUGGCCUUCUUUUUGUGGGAGGGACUGUGUAAAGGACUCGGUGUGCUACUGCCGACGCUGACAGAACAGUUUAACACGGAGACGUGGCCCGUUGGUUGGGCGAUCGGACUGAUGCUGGCAGCCAGGGGAUUAUCAGGGUUGCUUCUAAGUUCUCUUGAACACAGAUGGCAACAUCGACCUGUAGCCGUUGUGUGUGGUGUCCUGGCGUCUCUGGGUGUUCUAGCUGCCUGUGUGACGAAUAACGUGGUGCAAUUUGGACUGUGUAUCGUGUUACUGACAGGUGCUGCAUGUGGUAUCCUACUGAACUGUUGCCUGGUUCUUCUUGGUGUGUACUUCGACCGUUAUUACGCAAUGGCUAACGGCAUCGCUUGCGCUGGAACCUCAAUUGGUAUCCUGAUCUUCGCACCCGUUACACAGUUUCUCCUCGACGUCUACGGAUGGAGAGGGUGUCUUCUUCUGAUUGGUGGAAUGUUGCUUCACUUGAUUGUGGUUGGUUCGCUCUUUCGUCCGUUGUCCAAUCGUCUCAACGAACAGAACCAUCAGAGCGCGUUCGGUCAUGAUCAUUCGUACAAGCAGAUCGAUCAUGACGUCAGCGAUGACGAUGAAACGCAGGGCGUGUCUCGUGGAAAUGUCGACACCGUCGACCAAGGAGCUGUUUGCGGCGGUGACAUAGACUCAAGGGACCGGGCCGGCCGAGGCCAAGCUACCGACUUGGUCUCAAGAUUCAUCCAAGCCACGAAUCUCGAUCUCUUUUGGAGUCUGUCCUACUUGGUUCUGCUCGCCUGCGUGUGCAACCUUUGCGUGGUCAUCGUGGCUUGGGUAGUGUUCACCGUGCCCAACUGCAUAGUCAAGGGUCUGCCGACCAAGCAGGCAUCGGCGGUGGCUGUGGCCGGCGGCCUGGGCAUUCUGACGGGCCAGCUGGGCCACGGGCCCCUGGUGGAUCGAGAAAUCCUCGGUGCCCGGUCCAUGAUGUACCUGGCCCACUUUCUCAUGGGGCUGGCCUUCUUGGUAGACCCGCUGCUGGACUGGCUCUGGCCGCUGGUCGCAGGCAAUUUCAUUUUCGGCGUCGGAUUCGGCAUCGCGCUUCCCCUGUCCUUCACCAUGAUUCGUAACUUGGUGGGCGGGGCUAGGAUGAGCAGCGCGGUGGGGUGGGCGGAGGCAGCCGGAGGGAUCACUCGGAUCGUGGCAAGUUUUCUCACAGGGUGGCUCUACGACCGCACCGGAAGUUAUGACCUCUCAUUCCUGAUCAUCGGGUCAAUACCGUGUCUCGUCCUCCUUCUGUUCCUUCUAGAAGACGUCUUGCUGAUUUACAGGUCCAGGAAAGAGCGAAAAUAGCCUAAGAUGCCUAUCUUUGGUAUUAUUCUAGACUCAAUUAUUGUAUGUUGUUUAAUGUCAACUAUGUUAACUAAACAUGGGCGGAGUUUGUUUUUUAUUCCAAGUAUCAUUCAAAAGAUAAAAAUUCAUUGUUUUAUAAUGGGACUCCCUUCAUGUAUUGAUAGUCAAGCACAGAGUGAGCCUGUUUUAUUUUCUACAUUUUUUGGUUUUUUUUUUUAAUUUAAUGUUUUGAUGUCUUGAUUCUUAUGCAAAUUUGCAAAUUUUGAAUUUUUUUACUGUAAAUUAAUCAAUUUAUUCUAUUUUAUUGGAUGAUGUACGAUAAAUGUAAAUAAAUGAAUAAAUAAAAGUGAAUUACUUUUGUAUCGCUAGAAAAAUAGCAAAUGAAACAAAAUAUAUUUUUCAGAAGUAUAUUCAUUAAUAGCACGGGCGAGUUACUUCUAAUGUGGAUUUUGCGACCUUUUUUUCCAGAGACAUGGCCCUUCACAACUAAAUGCCAAGAUUUUGAGUCACUUUAUAUAAAUCAGUUUUUGUUUGUUCAGGGUCCUUUUACAAGGGCAAUUAUCUUGUCAGCUCUUGUGAGUGUUCGUUUUGCAAGGGUCCCUGUAAAGCAGUGGACUAAACAAGGGCGAUAUAUUUUUGUUACAAGUUUAAAGGGAAGAUGGAAAAUGUCCUGAAAUUUUCCAGAUGAAUACUGGAUAAGCGAAUGCCAAAUAGAUUCACGGAAUCAAAACAAUGUUUUGAAAAACACCUUUUAUUGUGACUGAUCGACAUCUAGCCUUAUUUUGGUCAAAUGAAUCACAAUUUUACACAAUUCUCAAUAUAUUUCAGAGUUAAAAUUGU